CAAAGCCCGAGAAGGGAAAGGAGGUGACCGGAUAAGAACCGAGUUACCUGCCUAGCUAGCCUUUCGGGCUGGUGUUGAGUGAAGGGGAGAUCAGGAGAGCGACAAGAGGCAUGACGGGAAAUGUUACAUGCUGAGUGUAGUGUGCAGUCUGGAGCCGCUCAACAGCCCAGUUGGGUUGACAUGGUUGAUCUCAUCUUGCGUUGAUACCUUACAUACCUUGCCGCUUGCUUCGAUGCAAGCUGUUACAUACCUGAGGUACACUAGCAGCCCUCUUACAGCCAGAGAAGCAGGUCCCCUUACUUCUGUAGCUCUUCUCCACCUUUUCCCAACCUACCUACCUACUCGUACAUCUGGUCUUGCAUUUCCUGUCAGGCACACACACCAUACACCAUACACCAUACACUUCUACAUCAACCGACCGACCAACACCCGAAAUACAGACACAAUGGAUAGAUUCAUCGGCAAGGUCGUCGACAAGGUCAUUGGUGACGAUGAUGAUGACGCCAAGAAGCAGCAGAGCCAGGGCGGACACCAACAGCAACAGCAGUACUCUGGCGGACAAUUCCCGUCUGGCGGCGGUGACUUCGCACACGGCGGCGCCUAUCCUGCUGGCGGCGGCUAUGCCUACGAACAGGACGAUGACUUCCGUGGCGCGGCCAACCACGCGGCCAACCACGCCGAGGAGGACGAGAGCUUCUUCUCUAGCAUCUUGAACAGCCUCAGCUCCAAGAAGCAGCAGGUUGCUCAGGAGGAUAUCGAUGAGGAUGAAGCAGUCCGCGCCCACAAGACCUUCUACUCCUCCUCCGCCUUCUCCCCCAGCUCCGAGACGCCCGAGGCGACGUCAAGCGGCAUGGGCAGCGCCGCGGCCCUGCAGGCGCUCAAGCUGUUCACCAGCGGCUCCUUCUCGUCAUCGCAGUCACAGUCGCAGAGCGCAUUCAUUGGCCUGGCCAUGUCGCAGGCCUCCAAGCUGUUCGACCAGCAGGCGUCGGCCGGUAAAGUGUCGGAUAGCACAGACAAGCAGAGUGUGGUGAUGAAGGCGGGCGAGAUGGCGCUCAAGAUGUACCUCAAGAGCCAGGGCGGCACCGGUUCCCAGCAAACGUCAUCGCACACGCAGACGCAGGAGAGUUCGAGCGGGUUGGGCGGUCUCUUGAGCAUUGCUGACAAGUAUUUGAACAAGUGAACGAGCGACUUUGGCAUGUGUCUCUUGAAGUAACAAACAGGGUUGAGUGUGGUAUAUGAGCGAGGGAGCUAAGGCGUACGGGAAUGAUCCAGUGAGGAAAUAUGAAGAGAUGAUGAAGUUAAAAAUACGACUAUCUACAGUCACGGAAUUUGGACAACUCCCCAAUGUUUUGCGUUUAGUGAAGCCUAGUAGGUACGUGUUUAUAGGUACCUGAAGUGUAGUAUCUAUUUAGGAAUAGGCACUGAAUGAACAAUACAAAGUUCUAGGAGAAGGAAGGAAUACGAAAAUCAGG